AUGAAAGGGCUUGAGAAUAAUGAUCUCUUUAAAUAUAACGCAAACAAAAGCAAAACAACUGGCAGCGUUGAACUAUUUAACCAGCAAUUGCAGAUAUUUGAAUACAUUCCAGCAAGUAAAGAAAAUCGAUCGCAAGGUACUUUCAACUUUCUUAUAUUAAAUCAAAGCAAAGUAUUAAAAUUACUUAUAACUAAGGCAGGUGCAGUACCUCUGCUUGAAAAUCAGAUAUCAAAAUACAUGAAUUGGAAGUUACAAAAUGAUUUAUUCGGAUAUUUCAAAGAUACCGGUAAACAAUGGAUUGUACAAUUUCCAGAUGUUGAAACUGCCAACUUUGUUACCGCUUUAAUUGGUAUGUAUUUAUCAUGCCAAUCAAUUAAAACAGUAGCAACAUAUGAUGCCUUCCAAAAGCCAGGCCCUGAACUUUCUGAAGGUGAUGUCAUUAAAAUGGCGUACAGUGCUUUUCCUGUUGAAGCAUUUCCGAAAAUUGGACCUUCUUCAUCUUCAAGUGACGGUCACAAAAUCACUAUAUCAGGAAAAGAGAUGCCUGUUGGCCUUGUAGCCGGUAUCAUCGGUAUGUCAACUGGUUCUAUAAGAGUUAUUUUUGUUCCAGAAAAUCAAUGCGUAAAUUCAUCAGGAACUAAGGAAUCUUGGAUGAAGGAUAAGCCAUACGUUUACAUAGUAUCAAUAUUAAACUCAAAGUUCCACGAUGAAAGCAAAAAACCGCAACAACCCACAGAGUCUCCUGCCAAGCAAGAAUCGCCAGUAAAACAGAGGAAAUCUGAGCCAGAACCAGAACCUGAGCCUCAAAAAGUCGAAGAAAAAGAAAAAUCAGAUUCGCCAACAGAAUCCGCUGCAAAAGAGCAAAAUGACGAGUCAAAAUCAGAUAAUGUUUCAGAUGCAAACGAAUCAAAUAACUCCGAAUCAAAUGCUGACCAACCAGAGCCAUCUGGAGAUUCAUUUGCUGCAAAAAUUGCCAAAUUCAAGAGAAUUGGAGCUCACGCAUCCCCAUUUGCCACUGCUGGUGUUCCUCUGAUCAUGGUAAAGAAGAAAAUCCAAGAAGAAGAGGAGAGACAAAGAAGAGAAGAGGAAGAAAGGCAGAAACGCGAAGAAUCGCAAGCUGAUGACACUACAGAUUCAACUGUUGAAGAGAAACCAAAGGUUUCGCCUAAGUCCAACAAUUCAACACCCGAAAAACCACAAAUCGAAGUUAUUCAACCGAAAGUAUAUCAAAGUCCUGAGAGAAAGAAGGUCGUAAUUGAAGAUACAGAUGAUGGUACGCCAGCCAAUAACGAAAUUGUUAAGGAAAUCGAACAAAGUAUAUCAUCUCAUAUUUCCAAGCUGACAACAUCCAAAGCUGAUAGCGUAGACUCAAUUGUUAAAGGAGUUGCUACUAUGGCCGCCCAAUUAAAGGUCGCUGAUUCUGAAUUAGCAACUUUGAAAGCACAAGUUGAGGCUGCUCGUCAGAAAUCAAGCACAGGAAGUAAUAUUCAGAAGCAAUAUGAUGAUGCUCAGGCCGAUAUCCGCUAUUACAAGAAGAAAUUAUCCGAAAAUGAAAAUCUCAUCAAAGGUGUUGAAGAAAAACUCAAGAAUUCAUCAGCUGGAUCAGGUGCAAAGGGAGAAACAGCAAAGGCAACAAUGAAAUCUAUCAUAAAAGAUCUAACUCAGUCAACUUUCACGGGAAUGAACGAAGAGUUCGAUGAAAACGAAACUUACACUGGCCAGGAGAUUAUUGAUGCACUGCUUGUUCUUUUGAAGAAACAAGCUUAUGUAGCUAUCGGAAGAAUUGACGAAGAAGGUUUAUGUUAG